AUGUCUCAUCUCACUCAACUUUUAGAACAAUUCAAUUUUCGUGAAUAUGAUUAUGAUGCCAACAAGGAUGAACCUAUUGAAUGGAGACUUGUGGUCAAGGAAGGAAGACAACGUUGGAUUCCAUUCCCACAAUCCAUUCUCAAACAAUUCAAUGCUCCACAAUCAGCGAUUGAUAUGCAUUUAUUGAACAAGCCAUCCAAUUUUGAAUUACCACACACCUAUGUGAAUGAUGUUCCAUUUCAUUUGGAUGAUGGUAAGAAGGAAGAGAGUAUUGCAACAAGUAAGAAUGAUGAUACGACUACUACAAGUACCACCACUACUACAAGUACCACUACUACUUCCAAUGCUCAUCCUAUUGAAAAUACCUCCACAAGUACAACUCAACCACUGGUCUAUACCUUUAACAAGACCAAUAAUUAUCAAACCAAUCUCAGUGAAUCGAUGGUCAAUGAAAAACUCUUAAAGGCUAUUGAUUUUUAUGGAAGUGUUCAAACCGAUGAUGGUCACUGGGCAGGCGAUUAUGGUGGUCCAAUGUUUCUCUUACCAGGUAUUGUGAUUGUCAUGUAUAUUUGUGGAGAGAAAUUACCUCGUCCAUUCCGAUACGAAAUGAUUCGAUACAUUCAAAGUAAGCAAAAUAACGAUGGAGGUUAUGGACUCCAUAUUGAGGGUCACUCGACCAUUUUUGGAACUGUACUCAAUUAUGUCGCACUAAGACUAUUGGGAGUAUCGAGUGAACACAAAUUCAUGAAACAAACAUUGGAAUUUCUUGGAAAGGAACCAGCCCAUGGUACCAUGGGAUGUCCUCAAUGGGCUAAACUUUAUCUUUGUGUAUUGGGUCUCAUGAGUUGGGAUUGUAUUGAUCCAAUUCCACCUGAAUUGUGGUUACUUCCUGAUUGGUUUCCAUAUAUUCAACCUGGUAAAUGGUGGUGCCAUUGUCGUGUCGUGUAUUUACCAAUGGCUUAUUUGUAUGGACUUGGAAAGGUUUAUGAUAAGGCUGAAAGUGAUCCUUUGAUUCAAGAAUUGAGAACUGAACUCUACAAGAAUGUGAGUGGAAUUGAAUAUUCCAAACAACCAUGGACUAAAUUUAGAUCCUAUGUCAAUCCUCGUGAUAAUUAUCAUCCAUUUACUCAACUCUAUGCAUCCAUGAUUCAUGUGUUUGUUGCUUAUGAAAAGUAUUUCAAAAUUGGUUAUUUUAGAAAUAAGGCUCUGAGCACUUGUAUUGACCAUAUCAAGUAUGAAGAUUCAGUGACUAACCAUAUUUGUAUUGGUCCUGUAAAUAAGGUAUUGAACAUGUUGAGUGUCUAUUUCCAUGAAGGAUCACAAACUGAGCAUUUUAAGGCUCAUUUAGAUCGAGUCUAUGAUUAUUUAUGGUUAUCUGACGAUGGUAUGAAAUAUCAAGGUUAUAAUGGAUCUCAAUUAUGGGAUACUGCAUUUGCAACACAAGCCAUUGCUGAAUAUUACAAGAGAUUUAAGAGUAGUAAUGGUAGUGAUCAUCACUGUAUUCAACCAUUAUUGGAUCGACCUUCUCAUUUACAAACACUAUUGAAGGCUUAUAAUUUUAUUAAUUUUACUCAAGUCAAGGAAGAUGUUCCAAAUCGAAUGUCUUACUAUCGACAACAAUCAAAGGGUGGAUGGCCAUUCAGUACCAAAGAUCACGGUUGGCCAAUUUCAGAUUGUACAGCAGAAGGUAUCAAGUCCAUUUUGAGUAUUCAUGACUUGUUUGGUUUGAAUCAGCAGAAGAACUCGUGUGAAGAACUCGAACAAUUAUUGGCGCCAAUUUCCCUAGAAUGCACUCAAAAUCCACUGAGUGGAUUGAUUCAUGAAAGUGGAGGAUCCUCUCAACCACAACAAACUUUACCACAACAAACUUCACAACACCUCAUACUCGAUGAAGAACGUCUCACCUAUGCCAUUCGUGUCAUUUUGAGCAUGUUCAAUGGAGGUACCAAUGGUGGAUGGGCAACCUAUGAACUCUCUCGAACUCAUUCAUGGAUUGAAAUUAUUAAUCCAGCAGCAUUGUAUGGUGAAAUUAUGAUUGAUUAUCCUCACACUGAAUGUACCAGUGCAUGCAUCACUGCCUUGUUACAUUUUAAAAAGUAUUAUCCAAAUUCACCUUAUAUUCCUCUCAUUGAUGAUAGUAUCAAACAUGCCAUUUCAGUCAUUGAAUCCAAACAAACACCUGAAGGAGGAUGGUAUGGUGGUUGGGCAGUGUGUUUCUGUUAUGGUACAUGGUUUGCAAUUACUGCAUUGAAUGCUGUGGAUCCAGUGAAUCAUAUUUAUUCAAAGAAUACUAUGGUGCGAAAGGGAUGUGAUUUUAUUGUUUCUAAACAACAACAAGAUGGAGGAUGGGGUGAAUCCUACUUGUCUUGUGUGACUCACAAAUAUUCUCAAUCGGAAACAUCACGAGUCAUUAACACUGCUUGGGCCUUAUUGAGUUUGAUGACUGGUGAUUACCCUAAUUUGAAGGUUAUUGAAAUGGGUGUUUACUUUUUAUUGAGAAAACAAUUACCUAAUGGAGAUUUCCCUCAAGAGAGUAUUAGUGGAGUAUUUAAUCAUAAUUGUAUGAUCACUUAUACGAAUUAUCGAAAUAUUUUCCCAAUAUGGGCUUUGAGUAUGUACAUGAGAAAGUAUCACCCAGUUCAAUUGUAA